GCGUUUUAACAGGGUCCACUUUUCUUCUUUUCUCCUCUUCACAUCAAAUCCGCGACCCAAAGAUUUUUCUCUCUUUUGAUUUUUUUUUUUAUUGCGUUUCAAAUUUGUUCCUGAUGAGAGAGAGGUGAACAAGAAAGACCAAAAUAAAAACAAUCUUCCGUUUCAAUCCGCGUCAAAGCGAUCUUCAUCAUGUCGAUGACUUCUGUCAAAGUGAGCAAUGUUUCUCUAGGAGCAACUGACCGAGACCUCAAGGAGUUCUUUUCCUUUUCUGGUGAUAUUCUGUACCUCGAGAUGCAGAGCGAAACUGAGCGGACUAAGCUGGCGUAUGUUACUUUCAAGGAUUUACAAGGAGCUGAAACUGCGGUUCUUCUCUCGGGAGCUACUAUUGUUGAUUCUUCAGUUAUUGUCACUAUGGCCCCAGAUUACCAUCUAUCCCCGGAGGCUUUAGCUUCCUUAGAACCCAAGGACAGCAACAAAUCUCCCAGGGCAGGUGACUCUGUGUUGAGAAAAGCUGAAGAUGUUGUGAGCAGCAUGCUUGCAAAGGGCUUUAUACUAGGCAAAGAUGCCAUAGCUAAAGCCAAGAGUGUUGAUGAGAAACACCAGCUAACAUCUACAGCAUCUGCCAAAGUCGCAUCCUUCGACAAGAAAAUCGGUUUCACGGAUAAGAUCAACACCGGCACAGUCGUUGUGGGAGAAAAGGUCAGGGAAGUUGAUCAAAAGUACCAAGUCUCGGAGAAAACCAAAUCUGCAAUCGCUGCUGCCGAGCAGACAGUGAGCAAUGCAGGUUCAGCUAUAAUGAAGAACCGGUAUGUGCUCACAGGUGCUACAUGGGUCACGGGAGCCUACAACAGAGUGGCAAAAGUUGCAGAAGAAGUUGGACAAAAGGCUAAAGAGAAAGCUGGUAUGGCUGAAGAAGAGGACAAGAGGAAAGUGGUUGAUGAGUUUGCUAGAGUUCACUUGUCUGAAUCACCAAAGGCUGCAUCAUCAACACAGGAAGCCGAACAUGAAUCAAAACCCUCUGAAUUUUCUGAAGCAAAGAAAGAGUCUGAACAUCUCGAGCCACAACCGCAGCCGCCGCAGCAACAAUCUCCUCCAUCUACAGCUCCGGUUACGGCUCCGGCUCCUACUCCGGCUCAACCUUGAUAUAUGCAGACAAGUAAAAACCUAUAUGAUUCUUGUUGUAACCAGUAAAACUUGGAACUGAUCUCUCUUGAAUUGUUGAAGAAGAAGAUUGCACUUUUUAUUUAGGACAAAGACUUGUGUUCCUGUAACAUUGGAUUUAUGGUCGGUUUGGUAAUUAGACCUGAGAAAAACAAUUUUGUCCUUGUUUUC